AUAGAGCGAGAGAGAACCGCGCACGAGGACAGCGCGCUGAUUCCACGGCGCGCGCGGUUCGAUAUCAAACUACAGAGGAACGAAAAUGACGCUACUCCUGCUUCUGACCGCGUUGCUAUGGCAAUGCUGCCAGGCCCAGCAGAGAGGUCUGUUUCCUGCUGUGUUGAACCUGGCCUCCAUGGCAGACAUAGAAGCUAACGCUACCUGUGGCUCAUUGGGUCCAGAGAUGUUCUGUAAGCUGGUGGAACACGUACCCGGCCAGCCCAUCAGAAACCCACAGUGUCGAAUCUGCAACCAAAGGAGCCCCAAACCGCUUGAACGUCAUCCCAUUGAAUACGCCAUCGAUGGGACCAACCGUUGGUGGCAGAGUCCCUCCAUAAAGAAUGGGAUGGAGUAUCACUAUGUGACAAUCACACUCGACUUAAAACAGGUUUUCCAGAUCGCCUAUGUGAUUAUAAAAGCUGCCAACUCACCUCGACCAGGCAACUGGGUCUUGGAGCGUUCAUUAGAUGGCGUGACUUUUGAUCCCUGGCAGUACUACGCCAUCACAGAAACCGAAUGCCUGACAAGAUUCAACAUUAAUCCAAGGACAGGACCUCCAUCCUACACCAGAGACGAUGAAGUCAUCUGCACAUCUUUUUAUUCCAAGAUCCACCCUCUGGAGAACGGAGAGAUCCACACGUCUCUGAUCAAUGGUCGUCCCAGUGCAGACGACCCCUCCCCGACCCUGCUGAACUUCACCUCCGCCCGCUACAUCAGGCUGGUGUUUCAGCGAAUCAGAACGCUGAACGCUGACCUCAUGACUCUGACCCUCCGAGACCCCAAAGAUGUCGAUCCAAUUGUGACGAGACGGUACUACUAUUCCAUAAAAGACAUCUCAGUGGGCGGGAUGUGUAUCUGUUACGGUCAUGCCAAAGCCUGUCCUCUCAACACUGAAACAAAGAAGUUUAGCUGUGAAUGUGAACACAACACAUGCGGGGAGAGCUGUGAUCGGUGUUGCCCUGGUUACAACCAGCAGCCCUGGAUGGCGGGAACCUUCAACACCCGACAUAUCUGUGAGAAGUGUAACUGCCAUGGUAAGGCAGAGGAGUGCUUCUUUAAUCAGACAGUAGCAGACCUUUCACUCAGCCUGGACAUCCACGGUCAGAAAAAAGGAGGCGGAGUCUGCAUCGGUUGCCGUGACAACACCGCUGGAGUCAACUGUCAAACAUGCCUCGCUGGAUUCUACAGACCUGAUGGGGUGAACCCCGAGGAGGAGGACCCCUGCAUCCCCUGCUCAUGUGACUCGCAGGGUUCCAUCAGCGAGUCAUGUUUUGCAGAUUCAAGCCAUGGCCAGCCAGCAGGGUCGUGCCGGUGUAAGGAGGGUUUUGGGGGUCUGCGAUGUGACAGGUGUGCAGUGGGUUAUAUGGGCUUCCCAUCCUGCCAGCGCUGUAACUGCAGCGUGGAAGGAAGCACCAACGCUGACCCGUGCAUAACACCCUGCGUGUGCAAGGAAAACGUUGAAGGAGAGAACUGUGACCGCUGUAAACUCGGAUUCUACAAUCUCCAGGGUGAAAAUCGACGUGGCUGCGAAAAGUGCUCCUGCAUGGGCGUGGCCAGUCAGUGUACUGCCUCCACAUGGACCUAUCAGAAUGAGACGAGCCUGACAGGUUGGCACCUGAUUGGUGAUACCGGAGGAAGAGUGUGGUCUGUUCACAGAGAGACUCCCCCAUACCUGAGUGUCCGACACUCCGACGUUGUGAAUGAUCUCGGCUCGGCCUACUACUGGAACGCACCCGGAAUGUACCUGGGGAACAAGCUUACAGCCUACGGAGGGAGCGUGGUGUACUCUGUGUCUUAUUCUAUAGACCAACAAGAACAAAGAGUCAUCAGAGUCACUUCAGAACCCGACCUGAUCAUAGAGGGAGGCGGGAUCAAGAUCAUCGACAGGCGUUAUGGCCAGCCCGUGUACCCAUCCUCUCCGAGCACCAACCAGAUUGCUCUCCUCCCGGAGAACUUCCUGGUUUUGGAGACCGCACAGCCGAUCAGUCGGAGGGAUUUUCUGUCUGUGCUGGCUAAUGUGAACAAAGUGAUGGUGCGGGCCUCUUAUAGCACAGAGACCAGCGCUGUGUACAGACUCCACUCAUUCUCGAUGCAGGAAGCUAAUCCGGCUGCCAGAGGAGAGAAGAGAGCUUCAGCUGUAGAAAUCUGCUCUUGUCCACCUGGAUAUGCAGGAACUUCUUGUGAGACCUGUAUUCCUGGUUUUCGAAGGGUUAACGGGAAUCUUUACAACGGCGUAUGUGAAGCUUGUCAAUGCAGCGGACACUCUACGCAAUGCCAUGAAGUCACAGGACACUGCCAGGACUGCUUCCACCACACCACUGGCCCCCACUGUGACACCUGCCUACCUGGUUACUAUGGCAAUGCCACUCAUGGGACACCUACAGACUGUCGCCGAUGCACUUGCCCGCUCAGUCUUCCGAGCAACAAUUUCAGCCCCACCUGCCACCGGAGUGAAGAAGGGGAGUUGCAGUGUGACCGGUGUCAGCCUGGAUACACAGGGCCGCGAUGUGACAGAUGUUCCAACGGGUACUACGGCCAGCCGACUGUGCCAGGGAGUUCCUGCCAGCCCUGCGAUUGCCAUGGCAACUUGGAUCUCUCCAUACCUGGCAGCUGCGAUCCAAUCACAGGCCAGUGUCUGCGCUGUCGCCAAGGAUAUGGCGGCCCAGCUUGUGACAGUUGCGCUGAAGGUUACUACGGAGACGCGAUCACAGCCAAGAACUGCCAACCCUGUCAGUGCCACACUAAUGGCUCUAUAUCUGGGGCCUGCAACCAGGAGACUGGAGAGUGCCAGUGCAGAGAGAACGUAGUUGGGCGACAGUGCGACGAGUGCAUGCCUAAUUGCUGGUGGGAUGCUGAGCGUCAGGAGUGUAUGCCCUGUCGCUGCAGCCCUCACGGCUCUAUGUCUCAGCGCUGCGACGUCGAGGGCCGCUGCAUCUGUCGGCCCGGCUUUGUGGGCCGGCGCUGUGACCUUCGUCGUCAAGGUUAUGAGAGGCGGGAAACACGGCGGCCCGUGGAGCGCGUUCCCAUAGAGGCCGUGCAGCAGAGAUGGGGCUCGUCCCGUACUGGUGGUUGUCCCAGGGGGGCGUACAGGCCUAAGACAGGGCCUCAGACUCACGGCAUCACCACAGGAGGAGUGUGCGUCCCGUGUCACUGCAACUCGUUCGGCUCCAAGUCGUUUGACUGCGAUGAGUCCGGUCAGUGUCGCUGUCAGCCGGGCGUCAACGGACCCAAAUGUGACCGCUGCUCCCGAGGGUUCUUCAACUUCCAGGAGGGCGGCUGCACACCCUGUCAGUGCACUCAUUUGGGGAACAACUGUGAUGCUAACACAGGACAGUGCAUCUGUCCUCCAAACACCAUUGGUGAGAGGUGUGACCGCUGUGCUCCAAACCACUGGGGCCAUGACAUCAUGACCGGAUGCAAGGACUGUGGUUGCAGCGUGGUCGGCUCGAUGACCCAGCAGUGUAACAUCAACACCGGCUGCUGCUCCUGCCGCGACUCGUUCAGAGGAGAGAAAUGCAACGAAUGUCAAAUCGGAUACAGAGACUUUCCUCAGUGCACCCAGUGUGAGUGUAACGCCGCAGGAUCGGACAGCCAGACCUGCGACGUGGAGAGAGGAGCGUGUGCCUGCGCUGACAGGACGGGAAAGUGUAGCUGCAAGGCAAACGUGGAAGGAGACAACUGUGACCGCUGUAAGCCCGACACGUUUGGGUUGUCAGUACGAAACCCGCUCGGCUGCAGCAAGUGUUACUGCUACGGACUGACACCCUACUGCACAGAGGCUAAAGGACUCAUCAGGAUGUGGUUAACGCUGAAGCCAGAGCAGACGGUGCUCCCCCUGGUGGACAAGUCCAACACUGUGGAGACCAGAAGAGGAGUGAGCUUUCAGCACCCUGAGAUCCUCGCUCAUACUGAACUGGUCACCUCAACUCUCACUGAGCCGUACUACUGGAGGCUGCCCGAGCAGUUCAAAGGCUCCAUGAUCACAGCAUAUGGUGGUCAGUUGAAGUAUGCAGUCUACUACGAGGCCAGAGAAGAAACGGGUCCCUCCUCCUACGAGCCUCAGGUCAUCAUCAAGGGCGGGCCUAACCGCAACAUCGUGAUGACCCGCCACAAACCGGGACUCCAGAUUGGUCAGCUCACCCGCCAUGAGAUCGACAUGACAGAGCAUGAGUGGAAGUACGCAGAUGGCCGGUCCAUGACUCGAGAGGACUUCAUGGAUGUUUUGUUCUAUGUGGACUACAUCCUAAUUAAGGCAUCACACGGCAACCUGAUGAGACAAAGCCGAAUUUCAGAGAUCAGUCUUACAGUGGCGGAGGAAGGCACACCAACCACAAAGAGUAAAACUGCUCAACAGAUAGAAAAGUGUGACUGUCCAAUCGGAUACUCCGGACUCUCCUGUGAGGAGUGUGCUGCAGGUUUUUACCGUCUUCGAGCUGGCUCCCUGACAUCUGUUCCGGCGUCCAGAGUGCCCACCGCUGUCGGCAUGGGCAGCUGUGUUCAGUGCCAAUGCAGUGGGCACUCUUCCACCUGUGACCCUGAGACAUCCAUAUGCCAGCACUGUCAAGACAACACGGAGGGGGAGCGGUGUGAACGCUGCGCUCCGGGAUUCUACGGUGUGGUGCGUGGUUUCCAUGACGACUGCAAACCUUGCGCCUGCCCUCUCACCAACCCAGAGAACAAUUUCAGCCCGACUUGUGUGACGGAGGGAUACGAUGACUACCGCUGCACCGCCUGUCCCGAGGGACAUGAGGGCAAACACUGUGAGAGGUGUGCUACUGGUUACCACGGUAAUCCGCUGAUGCCAGGAGGCCGCUGCGAGGAGUGUAAGUGUUCCCCGUGGGGAGCGUUGCCUGGACCGUGCGACCCUGUCACAGGGCAAUGCCGCUGCAGGGUCGGGGCCUCGGGGAGGUCGUGUGACCAGUGCAUGGACAGGCAUGUGUGUGGAGCUGCUGGGAUCAUCUCCUGUGAUGACGAGUGUUCAGGACUGUUGAUCAGUGAUAUGGACCGCCUCUAUCGCAUCAUCACUGAAGUCACCCUCACCUCGCCCCUCCCACCUCCUUAUAAGGUGUUGUACCGCUUCGAGAACAUGACCGAGGAACUCAAGCACAUGCUGUCACCACAGAAAGCUCCGGAGAGAUUACUGCAGCUGGCCGACUCCAACCUGGGAUCACUGGUUGUCGAGAUGGACCAACUACACAGCAGGGCCACUAAGGUGUCGGCUGACGGAGAGCAGGUGGAGGAUGAUGCUGACAGGAUUCAUAAACGGGCGGAAGACCUGGAACAAUUCAUCAGGGACACGCUGCUGGGCGCUAAAGACCUCCAGCUGAAGGCUGCCGAGCUGAACCAGACUCUCUCACGCAGGGAUGGGACUCCAGACAAAAGCCUGAAGGAGAUGAAGGAGGAGAUCCAGGCCAUGCUCGCCGAGAUGAGAAAACGACAGCUGGGAGGAAAGAAGAGCAUCGCCGAGGAGGAGAUGGAAUUAGCAGAGGAGUUGUAUCAGAAAGUGAAGAGAUUAUUUGGAGACCCCCAUCAGUCCACAGAAGACCUGAAAGCAGAGAUAAAAGAGAAGCUGUCAGACCACGAGGGGAAGCUCCAGGAGGCCCAGGAUCUCCUCCACACUGCCCAGGGAAAGACCAGACAGGCCGGCUCACUGGGCGAGCAAAACCAGGCUAACAUCACGACCCUCGAGAGGAAGCGCUCUGCCGUGAGCUCAGUCAAACAGGAUGCACAGGAUGUUCUUGCAGAAGGAGAACGUCUGCUGGAUGAAGCAAACCAGCUUUCUGACAACAUCAACAAGGAGAUAGAGGACCUGGAGGGGAUGGGAAAGGAGCUGGGUCCUCUUCACGAACAGCUGGAUGAUAAAGUCAGUCACCUCACCGACGGUUUAAGUGACGGCAGCCUGGCCAAUCAUGUCCACGAUGCAGAGGAACACGCCCGGCAGCUCAAUGAAUCUGCUGCCAUUUUGGAUGGCAUUUUGGCUGAAGCUAAAAAUCUCUCCUUCAAUGCAACAGCUGCCUUCAAGGCCUACAGCAAUAUUAAAGCUAAUGUGGACGCAGCGGAGAAAGAGGCGAAGGCUGCCAAACAGAGGGCAAGUGAGGCUCUGGCACUGGCUUUAGGUCCAGAGGUGCCAAUAAAGGAGGCGGCUAAGGGUGCCCUGCAGAAGAGUCACAAACUGCUAAACGAAGCGAAAAAACUUGAAAAUGAUGUCAAAGAGAACGCAGAUAGUGUGGCCGGGCUGAAGGGCAGAGUUAAAGCAGCGAGAGACAAAACCAAAGACUUGCUGAAAGCCGUCAAUGGAACCAUGGCAACGCUCAACGCUAUUCCCAGUGACACAGCAGCUAAGCUAGCAGCCACAAAAGCUGUAGCAGGAGAAGCCAAUGCCACGGCCAUAGACGUCCUGGAGCGUCUUGGGGAUCUGAACCUGCAGCUCCACGGUCUGCAGAGGAACUACAGCGAGCUGGAGGACACCGUCAACGCAGCCAAUACCAUGAUCCAGGACCCCGAGAAAAACAUCCAUGCAGCAGGAGCUAAAGUGAAAGAUUUAGAGGACGAAGCUGACAGGCUGCUGGAGAAGCUGCAGCCAAUCAAAAAGCUGCAGGACAACCUGAAGAGAAACAUCUCACAAAUAAAAGAACUGAUCAACCAAGCCAGGAAACAAGCCAACUCAAUCAAAGUUUCAGUGUCAUCAGGUGGUGACUGUCUCCGUAGUUACCGCCCCGACAUCAGGAAAGGCAGAUACAACACCAUCAUCCUUCAUGUAAAAACCACCACACCGGAUAACCUGCUCUUCUACCUCGGAUCAGCCAAAUAUGUUGAUUUCCUGGCACUGGAGAUGCGUAAGGGGAAGGUGAAUUUCCUUUGGGAUGUGGGCUCGGGUGUUGGGAGGGUCGAAUAUCCCCAUCACACCAUCCAUGAUGGAAGCUGGCACAGAAUAGAGGCGUCUCGUAAUGGGUUGAAUGGCACCAUAUCAGUGUAUCCUCUGGAAGGACCCAUGGCGGGUAUGAUGCCAACUCCAGCCAGUGCUAACUCGCCCACAGCCUUCACCAUCCUGGACGUGGACCAGAACGCCUACCUGUUUGUGGGAGGGAUACUUGGCACUGUCAAGAAAGCGGAUGCAGUAAGAGCAAACACGUUCACAGGCUGCAUGGGGGAGACCUUCUUGGAUGGGAAACCUAUCGGACUGUGGAACUACAGAGAGAGACAGGGAGACUGUAAAGGAUGUGUAGUCAGCCCGCAGCGUACAGACCAUGAGGGAACAGUUCAGCUGGAUGGCGAAGGCUACGCUGCAGUGGGACGACCCACAAGAUGGAACCCCAACAUUUCCACGGUGACCUUUAAGUUCCGCACGUUCUCCUCCGAGGCCCUGCUCAUGUAUUUGGCGACUGAAGAUAUGAAGGACUUUAUGUCCCUGGAGCUGUCAGAGGGUAAGGUAAAGGUCAACUUUGAUCUGGGGUCAGGAGUCGGCAGCGCCAUAUCAGUUAAUCGACACAAUGAUGGACACUGGAAAUCCCUCACCAUGUCCCGGAACAAGAAACAAGCCACGGUGAGCGUAGUGGACAUUGACAGCAGUGCUGAGGAGAAGAUCAUCACCACAUCUCAGGGUUCAGCUACCGGUCUGAACCUCCGAGAAAAUCAGAAGAUUUACUUUGGAGGGCUGCCUACCAUUGGAAACUACAGCAUGACAGCCAGGCCGGAGGUCACUCUGAAGCGAUACGCUGGCUGUCUGCGAGACAUUGAAGUCUCCAGGACUCCGUAUAAUCUCCUCAGCAGUUCAGAUUAUACCGGGGUCACUAAAGGAUGUAAUGUAGAGAACCUUCACACAGUGAGUUUCUCAAAGCCUGGAUUCAUGGAGCUGGGUGGAUUGUCGCUGGCCGUCGGCACAGAGAUCAGCCUGUCAUUCAGCACUCUCACCGACACUGGAACUAUACUGCUGGCAGUGGGCGGGGCUUCAGCAAUCAGCCAGCAGCAGGCCCGAAACGCAAACGUCCUGAGCUCCAAGCGGAGACGCAGACAAUCUGGAGAGCCGUACCUCUCCGUCAUGCUGAACAAAGGCUCUCUGGAGGUCCUCGUGUUUACGGGCAGCCACAGCCCGCGUCGGAUCAUCAGACGACCUGAGCAGGGCAUACUGCAUGAUGGGAGAGAGCACUCACUGCGCAUAGAGAGGAUGCCUGGCAGAUCUUUUGCAGUUCAGGUGGACGAGGAGGCCAAGAGGGAGGCAGCGCUUCCAAACGACCAGCCCGUCAGCCUGCAGAGGAUCUUCCUCGGUGGUAUUCCUGCAGAAGUGGAGCUGACUUCCAACAGAGCCAACAUCCCGUUCCAGGGAUGUAUAUGGAACCUCAUGGUCAAUGCAGUUCUCUCAGAUUUCUCCCAGCCGGUAUCCUUCGAGAAUGCUGAAAUCGGCCAGUGCCCCAACCUCGCCCCACCACCGCCUCCACUCCCACUGCCGGAUGAAGAGGAGGAGCCCGAGAAGGAAAAGGAGGAGUCCAAGCCUCUCAGGCCUCCACCAACCCAAGCCCCUGCCGCACCGCCUACCGUUCCUCCUGCUGAGGCCACGCCCCCUGCUGCCCCUGUUGCACAACCUACUGCUGCUGCCCCGCCUACUACUCAGGAGCCUGGCAUUGACGUGGAUUUGUGUGCGUCAGCCGUGGCCCCGACAGCGCUGGAGAAGGCCUAUCAGUUCGGACUGACCAAGAACAGCCACAUGAGCUUCGCUUUCGACGACACCAAAGUCAGAGAGAGGCUGAUAUUGGAGUUUGAACUGAGGACAAAGGAGGACUCUGGUCUUGUUCUCUACAUGGCGAGAAUCAACCAUGCUGACUUUGUGGUCAUACAGAUUAAGAACGGACAGGUCUGCCUGGGUUACGAUCUGGGGCAUGGAAACACAUCUGCCUGCGUCCCCUUCUCCAUUAACGAUGGAAACUGGCACAAGAUCCGUGUGACUCGUGCCAAGCAGAGAGCUACCCUACUUGUUGAUGGGAAAUACACUAAACACAUGAUGAGCCCAAAGAAGGCCGACCUGUUGGACGUGGUGGGAAUGGUCUAUGUCGGUGGGUUACCACAAAACUACACCACCAAGAGGAUAGGACCGAUCCUCUACAGUAUCAACGGGUGUAUACGUAACUUUAAGAUGGUGGGAGGUCCCGUGAGCACUAAAGCCCCUGCUACAGGUCGCCCUGAGACCACUGAAGACUUUAAAAUGAACAUGGCCAGUCCCUUCUCCAGCCACAUGGUAGGAAGAUGCUUCGUCGCCACUGAGACAGGAACCUUUUUUGACGGCACUGGCUACCUGAAAGCAGUCUCUUCUUACAGAGUCGGUCUAGACGUGUCCAUAGCGUUAGAGUUCAGAACCAGCAGAACCAGUGGAGUCCUUCUGGCCGUCAGCAACCAAGCCCACGACGGACUGGGACUGGAGAUCGUCCAGGGCAAGCUUCUCUUCCAUGUCGACAACGGAGACGGUCGAUUCACGGCCGAGCACACGCCUGAAGGGGAGGGCUUCUGCGACGGCCAGUGGCACUCGGUCACGGCUAAGAAGCUUCGCCACAGGGCGGAGCUGGUGGUCGACGGGGCGACGAGCCAAGCAGAGAGUCCAAACGCACGCUCCAACACGUGUGACACCAACGACCCCAUCUACGUCGGAGGAUAUCCUGGUGGAGUUCGUCAGGCAGCUCUCUCUACCAGCACUUCCUUCAAAGGUUGUAUGAAGAACCUGAAGAUCACUAAAGGCUCCAAGACUUUGGAUGUUCAGUUCAACAAGGCUCUAGAGAUUAAAGGAGUGCAGCCUCUGUCCUGUCCGGCUGUAGCUGCCUAACCCGUACCAAAGAGUUUCCACUGUGCUGUUGCCAUAAUGUAGUGCUCCUCCAAUUAGCUACAUAGGAACACAUCUGAUCUUUGAAGCUGCACUGGGAGUGUGUUUUAAUAACAAUAACCAGUUUCUUUGUGCUGGAUUCACAGAUUAAAACCAAAUAGCAUGCUCCUCCUACCUGUGAUAAAAUGAAAAUAUCCCAACAGUGAUAAAAGAUUGGAAGCUUCUGUGUCCUGCUCCUGUUUGGGGUUGUUUUAAAUAAAGAGUAGCCCGGUGCAGCUUUGGAAUCAAUACUCUCAAAAAACAUGUUGGCACUUACUUCACCGUUAUAAUUUAAGACCCUGAUUUCAUGAACAAUGUACGUCUCUGGUCAAUAAAUGUAUACGGCAACAAAUCGAGGCCUCACAGUGUUUCAAACUAUUUCAUUCUGAAGUUGUACUGAGUUUACACGAGUGAAGAUUUGAGUAUUACGACGUGCUUUGGUCACAGGUGUUAACAGUAUUAAUGCUAAUAAGAGUUAAACAUAUAUUUAAUGAACAUAACAUCGGUUUUGUUUUCAGUAGAACAGGUUAAAUAACUAUAUCUAUAGUUAUUGUUUUAUCACUCAACUGAUGAAGCUAGACUUCAUUUAAACCCCCUGAACAAAAACCAUGCAGUGGUGUUUUUAUACAAGCAGAGAACAAUGUUACACUCCUUGUACAAAGCUGAAAACAGUAAAUCUACGUCUGUUCAUAGUUGUAAUUUUGAUAUGCUUGCUGAAGUGGUAAUAUUAAAAAAAAUAUGCUAGUGGCAGAAAUGUUCAGAUAGUUUUGGGUUGAGUACCUGACUGAUCAGGACGGGGUUUCUGCAGGAUGCCGGUGUUUAGUGCAUGGUGUGUCUUACAAAACAUAAGCCGCUGUUUCUGAAAUAUAUUCCUGAUAGCAUCACA